UGUGUCAGUGUUUCGCAGUCGCGGAAAAGCUUAGCUUCUGCUGGGAUGCGUCGUUCUUCUGCGAAAGAGAGAGAAAGAAUGGAUGAAGAAGAAGGUAUGGAGGUGUUGGAUUCCGCUUUGUCUCUCAUCAAUUGGCGCCUCAAACCUUCUUCAAAGCGUCGUCUUCAAUUAGAUAUGAUGGCACUCUCCACAAGAUUGAGACCCGUAGUAAUGGUGGACUACGGUGGAAUCAUGCCUCAGCUUCAGUACCAUCUCUCUCACCUCCUCCAAUUCAUUCACAAAGAAUCCCCAAUUUUCGAGCAUAUCAGAUUGAUGGUUAUACAAGACAUGAUAUACUUGAUUCAUCUACUUGAACUUGCUGAAUAUGUUAAAUCAAGCUUCAACAAUGAAAUUCCGUUGCUCUUUGUUGAUCUUCAACACGAACCUCCAAAGAUGGUAACAAACAUAGAGGAGAGUCCAUUAGCAAUGCAGCUGGUUUCAAUUCAGAAGCUGUUCUUGACAUUGUUUCCUACUACUCCUCAAGAAGGAACCAGCAACAAUGAUCCUGCACCGACCAAUGAUUCGAAAUGUGUGGAUGAUGAUGCAGAUUUGGCUAGUAAGCGUGUUCACUCUCAUUCUGCUGCUGAGUGUAUUGAUCUCAGUAGCUGCAUGGACAACACUGAUGUCACUGUGCCAACCUUGAAUGGAUGGCUUCUAGGAUAUCCAGUGGUGUAUUUAUUUGGCAAGGAGCAUAUUGCUGAUGCUAUUUAUAAUCUUUCGACCAAAUAUCUUAAUAUUUUCCAAGUGUUCAUCUGCAGGAAUAAUACUCUCAAGAAAGGAACACAAGCAGAAGAACUGUUAAGUUUUUCAGUGCCUUAUGAUCUAAGCAUUAGAGGUAGCAAUGAACAAUGGGCAGAGGCCUUCAUGGCUAACAUGCAGACCAAGUUUGAAAGAUGUGCAAAUGCUUGGAAAUCGUUAAAGAUGGAGGUUAGUGAGUGCAAUCCUCAAGCUAUCGUGCUAUAGUUGUCACCACUCACGUCAUCUAAUCCUCCUCUACCGUUGAACAAUGUAUAUUAUGCAAAGAGAAAUGCUAGGGAGCUAGCAUUUCUAGUAGAAAAAGAAAAAUUGAUUAGUGUUGACUUAAAUAUAAGGCAAAUAUAUUAAAAAACUGUUGGUCACUUAACAUUUCCUUUGUGGUAAAUGACCACGUCAAUUUCUGGCUAUAAAUACAUAAUUUUGUAAGAAUAUCAUCACCCAGGAGGGAUGAUUAACGGACACUAACAAUUCUUGGUAGUAGGGAUGGCAAUACCACCCGAAUCCGUGAGUACGCACCCCGUCGCUACUCGCUUGGGACGGGUAAUCACCCACCCCGCAUCGGGGCGGGUUCUUGGAAGGGGUGGGGCGGGGUUGGGUUUAGGUAAUACCCGCCCCUACCCGCCCUGGUAGAUAUAUAAUAUAUAUAAAAUAAUUAGUAAAGGAUUAAUAAUAUUGUAUCAUAUUUAAAUUUUUACUUUAAUUUAUUUUACGCAUGUGAUGAUAGUUAUAUAAAUUUUGAAAUUUUAUUGUAUUUAUUAGAUUUUAAUAAUCAUAAGGGCGGGUAGGGCAGGAACGGAUUAGAGUUCAACGUUUUACUACCUGCGGGUAGAAGUAGGACAGAUUCUAUGCAGGUUGAUGUACGACGGAGCAGGGUCAAGUAGAGCAAAAACCCGCUCCUACCCACCGUCACCACCCCUACUUGGCAGCACAUGGCACAAACUUAGAAUAAUAAAAAGAAGGAAAGGGUCUCUGAUGUAGACUUCGAAUCGUGUAGAUUACUUUUGAUGCAACCUAGAUAUGAUAUGAUGAUGACAACUUCCUCACGAUAUGCCUUGAAAUGCAAGAAUACAGGAUGAUCACCUUACUUGCAUUUAUUUUCUAUUUUAGUCGGAUUUUUUUGUUUUUGUUUGGUUAAGUAUACCAUGUGCUAUGUGGUAUGAACCAAUGAUCAUCUCGCAAUCAACGCUUUUUUCUUUUCUUUUUAAAGAUGCUUUAAGAUGAUGACAUUAGUCAGAAAGGAAUUUAAAU